UGAGGUGCAGGCUGUGCAGUCAUCCCAGCAGCAGCAGCAUCAGUGAGUCUAUCUGUGAGUAGUAGCUUUUAAGGGGGGGAAUCUGGACACCCUCCCUGAACUGAAAGGGACCCUCUGCAGGCAGGCCGUGCUUCCUACUCCUCUCAAUGUGCUUGUUAGCAAAUGGAAGCAGAGGUGGCGAGCCUCCAGAGGAUGGCCGACAUCAACGGCAACAAUAAGAUCGCCAACGCGGAGCUGGAGGUGCUCAAGCUCCAGGAGCUGGUUCGAAAACUGGAGAAGCAGAACGAACAAUUGCGGAGCAGAGCGAACAACGCGGCGAACAAUUGCUCCGUCGGCCCUCAUCUCCAGAGCCCGCUGCCGUGUGCGCACGGCGCCGCGCCGUGUCUGGCGGACGGCUUCUCCCGUAAAUACGACGUUACGAGUCCGACGCGGACCCACCGGUGUUUCUCCCCGCCGCCGCGGGCAGCAGCAGCAGCAGCAGCCGAGGAGGUGUUCGCCUAUUUCCAGCCGAGCUCCGCGUCUCCUGAUGCCGCGGAGGGCAGCGCGACCGUGCUGGAUGAGGUGGAUGUUUUGGACCUGAACGCGGUGCUCCCCGUUGGAGAGCCCGAUAGCUGGCUGUAUGUGAAUCCCAGAGCAAAGCCACCCAGCAAAGGCAUGCUCAGCCCUCUCCAGUGGUGCAGGCAGGUCCUGGACCACCCUGGGCCGGAGGUGGAGCUGGCUAAGAUGACGCUGUGCCACAGGCUGGACCAAGCGAGGCGGUGGCGAGGGCUGUCCUCUGUCCGUCCAUACAGCUGCAUAGAGGGACUCUCCACCCUGAGCUGUCCCGUCCUGCCUUACACUAAACCUGCUGCACUAACCGAGGCCCGAGGCCCGCUGCCGUCAUCAGGCCCGUCUGUCGUCCAGCCAGCUCCGCCUCCCAGGGCCAGCUGUAGCCUCAGCGACAGAGCGCCCACCUUCCUCUCAAACUCAGCCCUCCACCACGCUGGCCGCCGCCAUGCAGCCAUCACGCCGCAGUCUUCAGUGGACAGUGACGUAGGCGUCUCUGAGCUGGAAGAGGACUCCAUCUCCAUGAGCUACAAGCUGCAGGACAUGACCGACGUGGAGGUCAUGGCACGCCUCCAAGAGGAGAGCCUCCGACAGGACUACGCCUCUACCUCAGCCACGGCCGGCCGUCGCAGCUCCAGCUUCUCCCUGCACACCCUCAGGCGCUGCGAGGUGGACCUGGAGGAGGAGGACGAGGAGGAGGAGGACGAGGAGGGCUACGACCAGCUGCCGCCUCCGCAGCCUCGACUCUUUCGCACCAGCUCUAUGCAGCGGGGCAGCAUGCCCCACUCUCACACCUUCUCCAGCUUCAGAGACUGCAGGCGCAGCUCGGCCAGCCCUCAGUUCCCACUCAGCGGACUCUCUGCGCUGUCUGGAUCCUCCGGCCUGAUCGCGGACACGCACGCAGCCUACAGGGGCAGCACAGACAAGCUACAGAGGAGCAUGCCCAACCUGAUCCGAGCUCCCAGCAUGCCCAGUGUUCCCAGCGUUCCAUGCCUGGCCUCUCCUGCCAACCCACCCUCCAACGGCCCCUCCUCUUUACCAUCAAUGCCCUCCCUCCGGAGCAGCCAGAGCUUUGACUCGUCCACCGGGCUCCUCCGACUCCAGUCCUCCAUCCCUUCUCCGAGCCAGCUCAGUCAGCGAGUGCACAGUGUCGGAAACUUCUCCAGCACUCCCCGGCAGCAGCUGAAAGCCACAGCCUACGUCAGCCCGACCGUGCAGCAGGGUCCCACCUCCGCCUCCCUGUCCGCCUCCGCCAGUCUGAGCUCCAUCCCGAGCGGCACAGCGCUUCCUCAGCCCCUAAAAGCCGGCGCCAGUUUGCUGCCGCACGCCCUGAAAGGCGGCGCCAACCAGUCGGCCGCCCCGCGCAGCUCGCUUCCUCGCCCGGCUUCCCUAGCGGGACUGAGCGGACUUCCACGUGCGAGUAAAAUCAUGCAGCCCACACGCAGUUUGCUCGCUGCUCCAAAGAGCCUGGCUGCUCUGAGCGCCCUGAGGGACGGCAGCUGGAAAGACGGCUGCUACUGAACCCAGACGGAGGGAAGUCUGAAGGCUGCACAGGGUUUCUUUGCAGGGGGACCGUGCUGAUUUAAAAACGAUGCUGCCAAGAGGUCCCAGAGAACGUGACUGUUAACAUGAACACAUGAAAAAAAAACAAAAAAACUGAAGUGUGGAUCCAGCAGGCUGGAUCUAUGCUACCUGCUUAAACACUGAUAACACACUGAUGACAACAGGCAAUACUCUGAUAAUAAGAUAAUAAAUGUGAAGAAGAAAAAUGAAAUCCUCUUUAUUAUUUUCUUUUUUCUUUUUUUUGAGUUUUCAUUGCUGAUAAUUACAACUGUCUUUCAUUAGAAGGGCAAUUUCUCUCAACCCUAAAGCUUUUGUACACGCUUUGAAUGAUUUUCUGUGGUUCUUUUUGAGAAUAUUAUUAAUUUGUCAUUCUGUGGUAUGGUAUAUAAGAAGAUCCUGAAACUGGAGUGACGUUCCUGCCUGUUAAAAAGUGCUGUGUUUCUUGAUAGUUCUGUUUUAUGGCUGGACCUUGCAGCACUUUAGAUGAGAACCGUGACUCACCUGUAAAAGUAAAUUGUCUGCUUUGUUUUGACAUCGAAUCUAAUGUUCAUUUGUGCCAGUGCACACAGUGCUACUUUUCUUUUAAUUUUCUGAAUUUACAUGAUGAAGUCUAUCAAGUUGUUUGACAAACCUGAUCGCUGCAUUAAUAUUGCACAUGCUUUUUAUGGAUCACAACAAAACAAGAGGGGCUGGAUUUUUAAAAACGAAUAAAUCAUUUCAAAGCA